AUGGCUCCACUUGUAUUCAUAUUCUUAGCAUUCUCGUUUUUCUUUGCAAGUUCCACUCUGAGGGCACAAUCACCAUUUCCACCAAUUCCAUUUCUACCCCCAGGUUACUCUUACGAACAACCACCACCACCACCACCGUCAUUAAUACCUAUUCCACCACCAAUUUGGCCAUCAUCACCUUUUAUACCUCCUCCUCCACUUGUGUCUUUCGAACCACCAUCAUCACCAUUGACACCUUCACCCCCAACUUCACCUUUAGAACCACCGUCGUCUUUGACACCUCCACCACCAUCAUCACCUUUGACACCCCCAACCCCAACUUCACCAUCACCUUUGACACCUCCACCCUCAACUUCGCCACCAACUUUGAUACCUCCACCCUCAACUUCGCCGUCAGAACCACCACCAUCACCCCCAGUUUCACCAUCACCUUAUGUUCCCAUUCCUCCAAUAUCUCUCACACCACCAUCUCCCACUCCUCCAACACCUUCUAUUGGUGUUGGAGGUGGUGGUGGGACUGGAACUGGUAGAGGUGGUGGUGGGACCGGAGUUGGAGUAGGUUCAGGAAGUGGGAGUGGUGGGCCUCAUGGUGGUAGUGGGCAAGGAAUUGGUAUUGGGAUAGGAAGUGGUGUUGGCAUUGGUACUGGCAUUGGAGGUGGUGGCAAUCCUGGCAUUGGAGGUGGCCAUGCCAGUAGUGGUGGUGGUGGAAGACGACAUUUUGGCAUUGCAUAUUGA